AUGAAAACAACGCGGGCUCGCGUCCUCCUCGCGGGACUCCUCCCUUCGGUAGCCGCACAAUCGUGCCCCGACUACUCCGACUACUCCAAAUCUCGCCACGAGCCCUUCUCCUCGGGCAAGCAUGCCCUCUCCUCGAUGCGCCCUGCAGCCGACUGCCGGACCUUCAACUCGACCACCGUCGAGACCCUCCUCGCCAACAUGACCGAGGUCAUCUCGGACCCGGACCUCUACCGCCUCUUCGAGAACACCUACCCCAACACCCUCGACACCACCGUCCGCUGGCGCGGCCACGCCGCCGACAACCCCGACGAGGAACUCGCCUUCCUCAUCACCGGCGACAUCGACGCCAUGUGGCUCCGCGACAGCGCCAACCAACUGCAAUCCUACCUCCCGCUCCUUGAGCCGGACGCCGCCCCCAACGACCCCACCUCCAUCGCCAGCCUCUACCGCGGCCUCAGCGCGUCCUACUACGAAGCGACGCACGACGCGGGCUUCUUCGCCCGCUUCGCCUGGCUGCGCGCCAUCCGCACCCUGCUCGACACCACGAAAUCCAUGACUGCCGGCACGUACGGCCCGGCGGGCGAGGUCCUCCCCCCACCUUACAGCUUCACGCGGCUGACCACGCGCGCGACCGAGACGUUGCUCAACGAUGGGGUGGGCGCGCCCGUGAGGCGGACGGGGAUGGUGCGGAGUGCGUUUCGGCCGAGCGAUGAUGCGACGACGUAUCCGUUUUUGGUGCCGGCGAAUAUGCUGUUUGCGAGGGCGCUGGCGGGGGCGGGAUUGAUUGUUUCGGCGCUGGAGGAGGAUGGGGAGGUGGAGGUGCCGGAGGGGUUGGCGAAGGAGAUGGCGGGUUUUUCGGCCGAGGUGAGGGCGGCGAUUGUGAGGUAUGGGGUGGUGACUGUGCCGGUGCUGGGGGGGAAUGGGACGGAGACGGAGACGGUUUAUGCUUAUGAGGUGGAUGGGUAUGGGUCGGCGGCGAUUAUGGAUGAUGCGAAUGUGCCGUCGUUGUUGGCGGCGCCGGUGUUUGGAUACCUGGGGAGUAUUGAUCCCGUGUAUCAGCGCACAAGGAAGAGGUUGUUGAGCGCGGAGGGGAAUCCAUAUUUCAUGGCGGGUAAGGUGAUCAAUGCGAUUGGCGGUCCGCAUGCCGGGCCGGGGAUGGCGUGGCCGAUGGCGAGUGUGGUGAGGAUUCUGACGUCAGAGGAUGAUGAGGAGAUCGAGGUGGCGUUGAGGGAGUUGGUGGCGUCGACCGACGGGCUGGGGUUGAUCCAUGAGAGCAUCAACUCGAACGAUGCGACCAAGUGGACGCGGCAGUGGUUCUCGUGGGCCAACGGGCUGUUUGGCCAGAUGAUUCUCGACCUGCGCUUCCGGAAACCGCACAUCUUGCAAAAGAGCUUCCAAUGA